UACAUUUCAUUUUCGUUGCGAAACUUGGCCACGUCCGCAGAAUACCUACCUACAUGGCAAUGGAUGGUUCGGAAGAAUUGGAUGGCUCGGAGCUGGGAACAAAAGCAUUCUGGGAUGCAGCAUACAGCAGGGAGGUGGAAAACUUCAAAUCACACAAGGAUGUGGGAGAGGUUUGGUUUGGAGAGGACAGCAUGGACAGGGUCAUCAGAUAUGUUGAGAGAUGUGAUGAAAUAACUGAGUCAUCAUCCAUUUUGGAUGUUGGAUGUGGAAAUGGACUCUUCCUUAUUGAGCUGGCGUGUGCAGGCUACACAGACGUGACCGGGGUCGACUAUGCUGCAGACGCCGUGAAAUUAGCGCGCAUGGUGGCAGAGGACAAGAAGGUGGCGGUCACUUUCGAGACGGCAGAUUUUAUGUCGGUAUCGACAUCGGAGUCUGCCGGGACGGAGCUGCCGGCCUGCCUGAGGCGCCAGUAUGACGUCGUCCACGACAAGGGCACAUAUGACGCCGUCAGUCUCAGCCCGGACAAUCCCAAGGAGGAGCGCCUCAGGUACAUUGAGAGCGUGCGGCGUCUUGUGCGUCCCGGCGGUCUGCUGCUUAUCACCUCCUGCAACUGGACUGCCUCAGAGCUGACGGCACACCUGUGCCCCACCUUCCUGCACGUGAAGACUCUGCCAACGCCCAGCUUCUCGUUCGGAGGAUGCUCCGGUAGUGUGGUGUCCAGUCUGGUCUUCCGCCGACCCGACUGAGUGACCCGCGCCGCCGGGGCCUCGUGCUCCAGAGUCACUGACCAAAGGAGGGAUUAAGCUGCCGCUGCUGGGGUUAUUACCGAUCUGUUGGUGCAACCAUAACAUAAGAUCUAUAUUAUGUUGUCUAUGGUUGAUGAAAAGGGUAUGCUGAUGUCCUUUUUUAAUAUGAUAAAAUGUGAUGCAACAUAUGCUGGUCGCAACGUUGUUGUAACUUGUAUGUUUUUAUAUUGCUUCACACGUCAUGCCGAAAAAAAAUAUCCGAAAUUGACGGAGUUACUUUGCCAUUUGUAGGAUAAAUAAUACAAAUAUCCAAAUGCCGUUCAUAUAUGUAUCUGUAGUAAUGUACUGCGCUGUUUUCCUGCAUUGACGACUUAUUACGAUCGGAACAGAUCUCAGUUGUAAUACUAUAAUUAGACAACCUACAUGCACAUGAGUGCAAUAAAUUAGAUGUCUUCG